GACGUGCUGCAUGCCCAACACCUCUGGGCGGCUCAGAUCUGCCCUAAGGAGGCCUCGGGUGGAGAGGUGGAUACUGCUCUUCCUGGCCUCAGCCAAAGCUUGGCUCCCAGUGACUUUUGGCCAUUUUCACAAUACCAGACAUACACUUGAAGGACAAAAAUCUGUCUUCACUGAGGUUAACCAGAAGGUUCUCAGGCAGCCCUCUAAGAAGAAUUUGAAGAAUGACUGAGCUGUGGCAGGUGGAGAAUGAGCCUACAGCUCCCUGAUGUGGCUACGCAGAGGGCCAGCAGGCAUUUGAAUGUCUGAGGCCCUGCCUUCCCAGAGCAGCCAUGUCAGAAGGGGAGAGUAAGGACAGCUCCGGCAGUGAGUGCCCCGUGUGCUAUGAGAAGUUCCGUGAUCUGGAGGGCGCCAGCCGGACACUGAGCUGUGGCCAUGUGUUCUGCCAUGACUGUCUUGUCAAGUACCUACUCUCCACCCGCGUGGAUGGGCAGGUCCAGAGGACCAUCGUCUGCCCCAUCUGUCGCUAUGUCACCUUCCUCAGCAAGAAGAGCUCCCGCUGGCCCUCCAUGCUGGACAAGAGCUCCCAGACCCUGGCUGUGCCUACGGGCCUGCCCUCUGGGCCACCACCAAGCACCCUGGGCCACACAAACCCCCUGGCCAUCUCCCAGCCUGUCUGGAGAGCAUCUCCAAGUCAGAGUACCCAGCUCCCCUUGGACUUACUGCCCAGCCUGCCCCGGGAGCCUCAGAUCUUCAUCAUCAGCCGCCAUGGGAUGCCCCUGGGGGAGCAGGACAGUGUCCUGCCACGGCGCAGCCUGGCACAGCUCUCAGAGGCAUCCCCAGCUCCCAGCUCCACCCGGUCAUUCUGCUGCAGAUCCCGGGCCCUCCUGCUCAUCACCCUCAUCGCCAUCGUGGCUGUGGUAGCUGCCAUCUUGCCCUGGGUACUGCUGGUGAGGAAGCAGGCAUGAGUGGAGGCACUUGCAGGAGCCGCCCAGUGAGGCCUGGCCUGAGAGCUGUUCUGGAAGCUUCCCCGCUCCACCCCACCCCACCAGGCUGGCCAAGGUCUAGGAAGGAGCAGAGAGCUCCCAGUGCAGACCUAGUGCAACCAAGCCCAGUGGGGAGACCUGGGGCAGAGAGAGGGCAUUAGGAUGGUGCUAACUGAAAGUAUGGUGGCAUCUCCCCACCUCCAGCUCCUUGCUCCCAGCAAGGGUUCAGACAGGACAGGGAAGCUGAGGGCUAUUAAUCUCUGAGGCUAGAGCUGAGCUGAGCACCUGAACUCUGAACUGAAAUGGAAACUCCAGGUUCUAGGCCAGGGUCAAAAAUGUGACAGAAGCCUCUCCUCAGAAACAAGAGCUGUGCCACCCGCCACCCACCACCCCCAAGUAGCCUCAGCAAAUACUUUCUCCUUCCCCUAGGCUAGAAAUGAACAAGGUGGGAAGAUGGGUGGUUUCCCCUUGCUUUGGGGUUACCAGCCCUGAGGUGUAGUUCUUAUCUGCCAGGUGAUCUACCUGAAGCCAGGUGGGGCUCCCUAGUAGGAACAAGGAAUUCUGUUGAAUGGGGGUCCAAUGGAAGGGCUCCUCCAGUCAGAAUUUUCACCCAGGAUUCUCUAGUUCGUUCUCACAAACAGAAGAGGUGGCACAGGGGCUGAAGGCACAUGUGCUUCCCAGAGUCUCAGCACCCAUCCAGGAUCCUCACAGCUGGACCACUGUGCACCCCCAAAUCGCCAGCCUGGAAUGUGCACUUCCCCAAGGAAGCAGCUGGUCUCAGAGGCUGUGGCGAGGAUGUCUGGGGAAAGUAACAGAAAAAGGCCUUCCUGGGAAGCUGAGGCCACAUUGGGAAACAGGAGUUUGUUGAUAGAGGCCGAAGCCAGCAGAAUGGCCCACAAACUCAGCCAAAGUUCUCCCCAAGUCUCCCAAGCCCAAGGAAUGGUCCAAAUAUUGAGUGUUCGGUGUCAAGGAUGGACUGGAAGGUGAAGAGUGCAGGAGAAGCCUAAUGGCCGAGACUUGAAUCAGCUAAGAACUAUGUGGGCAAAUUAACCCCUGAGGGCUCCCACCUCUCUCCCAGCCCAUGUCCUCCUCCUCAUGACCCAACCACUCAUUAGAGGCCACACCAGCUGGGCCAGUUUCUGAGGUGGAUUCCCAGGCUGGGCUGGGUAAGGAAGGGUGGGGAAGAAAACAGCUGUGCUUGUCAGGGACACUAGUCUCAACAAAUGCUGAAACCCAGGUGCUAUCAGCCACUGGGCAAGGCCUCUUCACCUAGGGACCCCACCUUGGACUGUGCUGGGGGUCCUUGAUGAGGACCACUAGGGAGCAAGUCAUUCAGGAACAACUAUUUUUUGUUUAUUAGGCCCAUAAGUCAAUGGGCCAUAAUCUUAAAUUAAUUUUAGGCUUAAAAGAAAAAACAACCAACCUCCAGCUAUUAACUCAAAGAGGUGGUUGUUUGCAGUCCAGGUGUGCCAACAACUGAGCCUUCCACAACCUAUACCUCUCUCGGCAAUUUGCUAUCUGUGGGGAAAGAAAUAGCACUCUGCCUCUUAUCUUCCCAAAUCCCUGAAGUGGCUGUCACUUGGGAACCAUUAGGGAGUGGGAUCCAUGCU